AUCAUCUCUUACCAAUAUAUAAUUAAAUUAUUAUUCAAUAAUAAUUAAUGAUAAAAGUUAUAGAUGUACCUGCAACAUACACAAAAAUGCAUUUAUCAAUAAUAUAUUUUAGUUUGUUUUAAAAGAGAAGAAUAAAAAAAUUCAUAUCAAUUUAUUUUUUAUCAGUUUUUUAUUGAUAAGUAUAAAUAUAUAUACAACAACUCUUUUUUUUUUUUUGAUUGAAUUCCGUGUUGCUCAUUGUCAACUCUGACAUCCAGAUGAUUUAGCAUCAAAUGACUCAGUGCUUAUCAUAACAAUAAAUGACCAACAAAAAAAUAAAAACAAUCAAAAUUUAAUAAUAUAUUUGAGAUGUUGUCUUGAGUAUCAUCAAGACCAUAAAAAUUGAAACACUGUGAUUAUCGUUGGAAGAACAAACAAAGAAAAUUAAAAUAAACAAUUAAUAAUUAAUAAUAAUUAGAAAAUUUAAUAAACAAUAAAAAGAAUAAUAUAGAACCAUGACAGAAUAUAAAUUAGUUGUUGUUGGAGCUGGAGGUGUUGGUAAAUCAGCAUUGACAAUCCAACUUAUACAAAAUCAUUUUGUUGAUGAAUAUGAUCCAACAAUUGAAGAUUCAUACAGAAAACAGGUUGUUAUAGAUGGAGAGACAUGUUUGUUGGAUAUUUUAGAUACAGCUGGUCAAGAAGAGUACAGUGCAAUGAGAGAUCAGUACAUGAGAACUGGUGAAGGAUUUUUAUUAGUUUUUGCAGUUAAUUCAGCUAAAAGUUUUGAAGAUAUAGGAACUUAUAGAGAACAAAUAAAAAGAGUUAAAGAUGCAGAAGAAGUGCCAAUGGUACUAGUUGGUAAUAAAUGUGAUUUACAACAAUCAUGGGCUGUGAAUAUGACACAAGCAAGAGAAGUUGCACGUCAAUAUGGUGUUCCAUUUGUUGAAACAUCAGCUAAAACAAGAAUGGGUGUUGAUGAUGCAUUCUACACUUUGGUGAGAGAAAUACGAAAAAGAAAAGACAAAGAUAAUCGUGGAAAAAAAAAUUGGGGACGUAAACGUGAUGGUACAUCAAGCAACAGAAGAAUACGAUGCUGUCUUCUUUAAUUAAUACAGUUUAAUUAUUUUUAACGUAAUAAACUAAAAUUAAAUAAUUAAAUAUGCAAGCUUUAGAUUUUAAAAUGCCUUAGAACAUGUUUAUAAAUAUGCACAUUUCGUAGCUUGUUUCGAUUCGAUAUUUUCAAUGACUAGCACAAUUUUUUACUACAAAAAAAAAAAAAACAAUCAAUGAACAAAUUCUUAUAUCAUUAAUGUUUAUGAUAUGAAAUUUAUACUCUUUAGAUUUUUAUUCUUCGCAAAAAAAACCAUCACACAAGUGUUGUCAAAUUAUUAUUAAAUAUUUUUAACUCAAUCGCGCAAAUUGUAUUCAAAGAAAUUUUGAUUUUUUUUUUUAUGUACCACGAGUCUUUUAUAUUGCCCAGUAACUUAUCAAUUUUUUUUUUCUUUUUAAACUGUUUUAAUCUGUAAAUUUAAUCACAAUAAUUAUUUUUUAAAUAAUAUAUUUCUUUUUUUAUUUUUCUUUAUCAUCCAAAUUCAUCGAAUAAAAAUAAUUGUAAUAUAAAAAAUACAUAAAAUUUUUUAACAACAAUUUUUGUAAAUAUAAAAUAGAUGAGAGAAAAAAAAAAAAAAAACAUCACAAUAAUAAGCACUCUUCUAAGCCUGAGUUGUCUUUUUUUGUGAUUAAAUUUUUUACGUGAUAACAAGAAUUAAUGCCUAAAAAAUUGCCACAUGAUUUUAUUAAAUUUUGUUUUUUUUUUUUCAACAAAAAUUGUAUAUUUCUUAGCUUAAAAAUAUUUUUAAAUUCUUAAUUCAAUAAUUAAAUAAACUACCUUUCAUAUUCAAAAAAAAAAAUAAAUAAAUAUUAAAAUGACUAUUUUUAAUUAUCGUUAGUCAAAGUUUAUCUUUGAAAAUGCCAUUUAAUGGCAAUCACUGUAAAUUCUGAAAAAAAAUAACAAGAAUUAAUUAGCCAUAAGGUAAUUUGAAUAAAUAAAAAGAAAAAGUUUAUAUAAAUCAAUUUGUUUUUAUUAAAAAAUGAAUAAAAAAAAAAAAG